AUGUGUGUGAUCUUUUGGACGGUGUCCGAUGCGCACUACGACCUGGUGAUCGCUUCGAACCGCGACGAGUUUCUGGCACGACCUACGCUGGCUGCAUCCUGGCAUGCGUUCGACCUCGAUUCGGAGCCUCGGAUCCUCAGUGCCCGCGAUGCCAGCGGUGGAGGAACUUGGCUUGGUGUGACCAAAUCAGGCGCCUUUGCGACGCUGACUAACUUUACCGAAGCAACGCCCGAGUUGCCGCCGGGGAUGGAGAGGUUCGAAUCGCGCGGACAGCUGGUUCGAGACUGGCUACUCUCCUCCCACCCGUCCCAACAAACAAGACAGGAGGUAGAGAAGGACAUUGAAGAGUACCUCAACAACGUAGGCGACAAGUUGCAAAGCUAUCCAGGCUUCAACCUGCUGGUGGGCAAGGUGUCGAAGCAAGGUACCGUGGUGGGGUACAUUACCAACCGCGACUCGGAGGGAGAGUUGGCCAAGCCACAACCAAAGAUCUUCGACCCACCAAAGAUUGAGCGAGUGCGCAUGUGUAGGGGGAUGUCCAAUUCAAUUCUGGACCAACCUUGGCCCAAAGUGCACACCGGUUCGCAAGCGUUCGAUGCUGCAUUGGGGCGCGCAUCACCUGCUUCUGACCGGGAGCAAUUGGUAGCCGACCUCUUCAGCGUACUAGCCUUCUCAUCCAACCCCACGCAACGAUCGGAGCUGCGCAACUCGAUCCUCAUCCCACCCGUCCAACUUCCCACCCCUGCAGGAGACGGAGACUGGUACGCCACGCGAACAUCCACCGUCAUCCUGAUCGCCAAAGACGGCCGCGCCACCUUCGUCGAACGCGACAUCCACACUCUCAACCACAACAUCCCCUCCCAAAUCACACCCGGCAAAGCUCAACGAUCCUUCACCUGGAAUCUCUUCUAG